GUGGCAGCUGCCCGGCGGCUCUCCCUGCUGGCUUAAAGACGCUGCGUUUUAGAUGUCCUUCUGCAUCCCUCCGGCGUACGUGAAUAAGCGGUUUCAGAGGUUGCAUCAGUUGGCAAAUUAAAAGUAAAAAAACAAGAAGCUGGAAGAGCUGCUGUUACCAGAAAGGUCAGAACCAAUGGAUUGUAUGGAUAUAAAUAUGUUUGAAGGCAUCUGCUCUUCCCACUACAAGAAUCAUGAAUAAACUGGCAGACCAGCAGGACCACAUGAUACCAUGAAGAGAAGCUUACAGGUCCUCUAUUGCCAACUGUUUAGUGUACUACUGAUCUUGGCACUGACGGAAGAGCUGGUGUUUUCUGUUCAGGUACUGUCUCCUGCUGUAUCCUCCUCUCAGGGCCUCCUGAUGGACACUACCACUGUCACAGCCAUGGGAACGACGCCUCGCCACAAGGACCACCACACGGCAGAGCCCGUCCCCACCUCCGCUCGCGCCGUCCCCCAUCCUGUCAGCCUGGCAGGCAGCGAGGCUUCCACUGCUCAAACGCAGGCGAGCAGCCCUCGUGUUGGCGAAAAGGAAACGUAUCAUUUGCAUAACCAGAGUGCUUUGUACUCAGGACAGACUCGCCCCAAAGGGAAAAUAUUCCAGAUUUUCAAAGGCAACUUCACAGAGUCUUCCGAACCUUACCUAAAGACAACCCUGCACUCUCCCUUCCCUACCCUGAGGAGCCCUUUCACAGACCAUCCCUUUCAGUCCCAGACUGCAACCUCCAGUGACCCCAAUGGCACAGGGUUGGCCAGAACUACACCCUCAGACCUUUCUCCCCACCCUGACACCUCGGGAAGCCUUAGGGAAGCAGAGCAAGGGAACGGAGCCAAGCAAGUUGUGCAGAAAGCAGACUUUGCCACUACAACUGCUGGACCAUCAACUGAUCCCGAAGCAGUGUCGGUGCCUUUUAAAUCCACCCACUAUGGUGUAUGGGAUAUGCUGAGUAAAAAUAAUUCUUGGGUAACCUUGAAUCUCAGUACAAAUGUCCCCUUGUUCGCUGGCCCUGGAACUGCACCAGCAGCAGCCGGUCACUCGGUCCAGCCCAGCUUUGAUGUCAACAUCUCCUCCCUGGUAGUGGGGGACCUCGAGGGCACUGCUCCAACACAGCAGGGCCUGGUGACAAACACGACUUCACUGGGCAGCACUGUCUCCACCAUGCCUGCCACGGGGUUGUCCAGCUCCAUGUCCACUGCUGGUUCUACCGCGACUGGAAACUUCCUCAACAGGCUGGUUCCUGCCGGGACCUGGAAACCUGGGGUGCAAGGAAAUAUCUCCCAUGUCACUGAGGGAGACAAGCCCCAGCACAGAGCUACCAUCUGUCUCAGCAAGAUGGACAUUGCCUGGAUCAUUCUGGCCAUCAGCGUACCAAUAUCCUCAUGUUCAGUUCUGCUGACAGUCUGCUGCAUGAGGAGAAAGAAAAAGACAUCCAACCCGGAAAACAAUCUGAGCUAUUGGAAUAAUGCUAUUACCAUGGACUACUUCAACAGGCAUGCUGUGGAGUUACCGAGAGAGAUCCAGUCCCUGGAAACAUCAGAGGACCACCUCUCCGAGCCACGCUCCCCUGCCAACGGCGACUACCGCGACAGCGGGAUGGUCCUCGUGAACCCCUUCUGUCAGGAAACGCUGUUUGUGGGCCACGAGCAAGUCUCUGAGAUAUGACCCCGUGGCUGCCCUCCUCCUGCAGUUUCAUCUCUACUGUCUCCAAAUUAUAAAUAAAUAUAUAUAUUAUAAAUAUAACCUUUGUGUAACCCUGAAUUACAAGAAAUGUUUUCAGCUUUUUUUUUUUUCCCCUCAGAAUUGUCAACCCCUUUUUUAUAAGUGUGGUAAAACUUUACAGAACAAACUGUGGCUUUAUAAAAUAAAGGUAUUUCUAAGCAAAACACUUGUCGGAUUGA